GAGCCACAGGUAGACUAGGAGACAGAGGAUCCAAGGGAGAACGGGGGGACCCAGGGAUACCUGGAGCGAGGGGAGUCCAAGGAGAGAGGGGAAGGACAGGAGACCCAGGAAUAGUGGGACCUAUCGGGCCCCAAGGCCACCGAGGAGACCCUGGCCCCCCAGGUCCCAUAGCAUCACCAAGCCCUCUGAAUGAUGCCAAUUCCAUGGAGGAAAUUAAAAUGUUUAUCCGGAAUGAAGUAUUGCGGUUGUUUGAAGAGAGACUAUCAAGCCAUGCCAUGCAGAAGACGCCGGCUGCCAUUUUAGCGGCGCAGGUUCGACAGGGUUCUCCCGGUCCCCCUGGCAACGACGGAUCCCCAGGGCCUCCAGGGGAAGAAGGCCCCCCCGGCCCUCAAGGGUACAGAGGUCAGAAAGGAGAGAGGGGUCAGCUAGGUCUGGGGAUACCAGGAGCUCCAGGUCUGGCAGGACCACCAGGUGAACCUGGAAGCAGUAUCCAGGGGCCAUCGGGCCCUUCAGGUCCCCAGGGACCUCAUGGUAAAUGUGAUCCCAGUGACUGUCUCCAUCCAUCCUCUCACUCCAGACGGAACGGCUAGGCCCCCCCCCCCCUCAACUGAUAGGGGACCCUUCAAUGAAUAAGGGCCCUCUCAAUGGCUAGGGCCCAGGGGCCCCCUCCACCCAUCCAGCCUCCACCUCCACCUACAGCAGUCAACCAUAGGCACAGGAGCCGGGCGUGUGGAGCCUGAUCACUCAGUCAGCUCAUAUCAGACAGACAGUAUCGUCCUUGUGGUCAGUUUUACAUUGAAAACACACAUCCUCUGUUUCUGCUUUACAUGGGAAAGACUCAACCAGAAAUAGAUACGACAUGUAUCUCAACACAAUGGUGUAGGAUGAAAUUGCAAAUAGAUGCUGAUCUUGGGUCAGUUUUGCAUUUUCCCUACUAAUUGUUAAGGUUAGGAUUGGGGGAGGGGAAGCUGAUCCUAUAUCUGUACCUAAUGGAAACUUCACCCUGGAGCGCUCACAACCGCCUUUCGGUUUUCUUAUGACCAUAGAAGCAUUGAAAUGCAAUUAUUUGUUACUUUACGUUGAUGGUUAUUCUAUUCAUUUGAAAUGUGUUACAGUCCAUUAUUAUUGUCAUUGUAGCUAUGAUGAUCAUAUGAAGUACUGUUUCAUUUAUUUCUUGUUUUCACACAACUCCCCUGCUGUGACCUGAUGCAUUCCAUAUUCAUUCACAUUAAGUCUUUCGAGGCCAUAAAUUAAUUUGUUUGAAAUAAUAAUAAUAAUUUGCUUUAAAUAAUACUGUCGGGAGAAAGCAUUUUCUUAAUGAUUUAAUAAUGCUUGUUUAUGGGGAUAGCUAUGCACACGUUUGGUCUCAUUUGAUGUUUUCGUUGUGUGUGUGUGUGAGCUGGUAAACAGGCAGUCUGAAAUGUGUGUGUUUGUGUAUGACUAAUCAAUAUUCUUUGUGUGAACUGUUUAUGCAAAGUGAAGGAGGAUCAUAUAACAUGAAAUAUAGUUCUGAAUAUAUAUUUCAUAUAUUAAUAUAUAUUUCCUCAAUGAAUGGGAUAUUUGUGAAAUGUGUUAGAAGGAAGCUAGCUACAUGAUUUGAUCCAUUUACAUAACAUAAUGAAUAUCUUGUCGUGUAAUUCAUUACUAGAGCUUUGUUUACUAAUUUUAUGAAGUUUUGAGAAUGCUAAAUAUUCUGUGUUUCAAACACUACCAAUUCAGAUAUAUUGCAUGAUACUGUUGUAAUUGUAAAGGGAUGGUCUUGUAUCAAAACAGAAUACUGGGUUCCUCUCUCGUCACCCUACACUCUAGGUACUUUAUGUCAGGUGUUACUCAGUGAGAUCUUUCCACAUACUAUACACCUCAACAUGUAGUGUUCAUAACAGACUAAUUGAGUAGCCUGCUAGAUUGGGUUCUGAGCUCUGAUAUUAUUCAACAGGUAACAUCACCUGACUGUUGCCAUAUCUCAAGACAACCAGCACAACAUGAUCAAGGGUUAAACACUAGCUUAAUGCCAACUGAAUGUAGUUUGUGACGGCUUGGUCAAGUUGACAUUUCUUCCAUGUACAGUUUGUGUGUAAGUGUGUAUAUUAUGCUAAUGUCGUAUCACCUCACGUUCACGUGAAGUUAGCCGCGAAGACUUCAAUGUAGAUUUCUUGCAGUCAUACAUGAAGUAGGAAGUAGGACAGUUUCCCUUUAUCCUUGGUCUUGUCUCCAAAGAGGGCAAACAAAUACAUGUCAAAUACUACAGUGAUUGAUUGAAGUUGCCCAGUACAAUGAAACCAAUAGAAUAUGGUUGGAUCGGAGAAGUUGUUACAUCGCUGCUCUUUUGGCAACAUGGUCUCAUUAGAAUAUGUCAAAACAGUAGUGCCAUUUAACCACAUAGGUAUAUGUCACUUCUGUGGACGUAUUACUGAUAUGUCACUAAAUUAGACGUCACUUAUGAUGACAUAUUAGCUACUUAUAUGUCACUAUAACAUCUGCUUAUGGGGUCAGAUUCAUUAUGUGAGUCAGCUUUUAUUAUUUACAUGGAGAGUAUACAGCUGAUUCCUCCAUCAGAACUGUGUGUACAUCAGUCUACAUGGAGUAUACAGCUGAUUCCUCUAUCAGAACUGUGUACAUCAGUCUACAUGGAGUAUACAGCUGGUUCCUCUAUCAGAACUGUGUGUACAUCAGUCUACAUGGAGUAUACAGCUGGUUCCUCUAUCAGAACUGUGUACAUCAGUCUACAUGGAGUAUACAGCUGAUUCCUCUAUCAGAACUGUGUACAUCAGUCUACAUGGAGUAUACAGCUGGUUCCUCUAUCAGAACUGUGUGUACAUCAGUCUACAUGGAGUAUACAGCUGAUUCCUCUAUCAGAACUGUGUGUACAUCAGUCUACAUGGAGUAUACAGCUGGUUCCUCUAUCAGAACUGUGUGUACAUCAGUCUACAUGGAGUAUACAGCUGGUUCCUCUAUCAGAACUGUGUGUACAUCAGUCUACAUGGAGUAUACAGCUGGUUCCUCUAUCAGAACUGUGUGUACAUCAGUCUACAUGGAGUAUACAGCUGGUUCCUCUAUCAGAACUGUGUGUACAUCAGUCUACAUGGAGUAUACAGCUGAUUCCUCUAUCAGAACUGUGUACAUCAGUCUACAUGGGUGCUAUGUCUAGAUUUAGAUUUUGAAGCCAUAAGAGGUGAUCUUUCUUAUCUCAUAACAACACUGCAAUAUUUUACUUCUGACUUUUCUUUCUUUGUUUUAUUGGUGGGUCUUUACUUGAACUCUUAUUUUCUGAAAGUGUUUUUAUUUUUUAUUUUGACAAUAUCUGUACAUUACGGCUCAGAUACAUAUUUCUCCCUCAACUGUUUGACCAUGUAGCAUUGUUUGUCACUGUAUACAUAUAUAUUAUGUUGGUGUGUUUUAAGACUGGAGUUAUUUUGUUAUUUAUUUGUUGUGUUUCUGAUUGGAAAGUAAUAAGCUAAGAAUCAAGGACAUUAAUUAAAUAUCUCUGUACUUCUCCAA